GCACCAAAACAAGACGCUGCCAUGGUAACCAAUAACAAGUCGUAGAGAAGCUGCAGCAGCUGAGUUGCAUAAAGAAGAUAAUCAACCUGCGUUAAAUAUUACAGCCAUGCCGUUACCAUUUCUACCUGGUAACUCUCUCAGUAAACAACUGGGGAAGGAGAGAUUCCACAAAUCCCAGCAUUUUGACUAUUCCAAUGGAGUCCCAAUGAUUGGAUCUGAGAAGCCAGGCAUCGGAGGAGAGCUGCUAGCUGGCCAGAAGAUGAAACCAAAGUAUUCCGUCUACCCUAUAGGACAGGGCAGGGAUUUACCAUCAUGGGUAGCCUUUGACAAAAAGGUUCUCUGUUUUAAAGCAUUCUUUCAGGAAGCUGUGCCUCAGGCGCGAGAUGAGACGUACAGAAUCAGGAAGUGUAAGAUCUUCUUCUACCUGGAAGAUGACACCAUACAGGUGGAGGAGCCAGAGUACAAGAACAGUGGCAUCCCUCAAGGAACAUUUAUUCAUCGCCAGCGUAUCCCAAUGCCUCCCCCAAAUGAUGACCAGUUCUACAACAUUUACCAUUUCAACAUCAACCAACAGAUGGUGCUGCUCUCACGCACAUUCACUGUGACCAACUGUGACUCUUUCACAAGGAACUUUCUCACAAAACUUGGGGUGCGCCUGAAUAACCCUGCCGCUGUACCCGAUGACCCCUACAGCAACCUCCGUGAACAGCUUGAGAAAAGUAUGAAGCCACUUCGGCCGUACGAGAGGCGUGACACACUGAAGCAGUUCCUGGACCACGACCGCGAAGUCCUGCGCUUCAACUGCUUCUGGGACGACACAGAUACCGCGUUCGGGGACCCCCGAGAGCUCAUACUGCACUACUUCCUGGCUGACGACACCGUAGAGAUCGUGGAGUUCAUCCCCCCAAACUCUGGGAGGGACCACGUGGCCAAAUUCCUAUGCCGCAGCAAACUACCUAAGAAUUCAGCCCAACUGAGGCAGCCUGGACAGAUCACGGACCGCACUGUCCUCAAUGUGUUCUCCUCCACGAGUGAGGGAAAACGCUACAUACUGGACAGCCUCAAAACAGGAGCUGUCCACCAUGACUUCUAUAAGGACUGUGAUCUGAUUGUGGGCGGGGAGCUGAAUGUGUGGGGCAGGAGAGUGAUCAUCACCGACUGUGACGACUUCACCAAAGACUACUACCGCUCCAAAUACGGCAUAGAGGACUUCACCCCAGUGCAGUACAAAGCUCCCGAAGCCCCGAAGCCCCCGAGGCUUGUGCCCCCCUACAACGGCUUUGGCUCAGAGGAGGACUCGCUAAGCUCCUGCCAGGGCCUGCUGCCCAAGCCCCCACAGAAAGACUUCCAAAAGUUUAUGGAGAAAGACAGAAAUGUGCUGAUUUUCCAUGCCAAGAUGGUGACCACCGAUCCAGUUAACAGAGACAGGGUGUUCAUCAUCUCCUUCUACCUCUCCGACGACUCCAUCGGCGUGUUUGAACGUCCAGAGAGGAACUCAGGUCUGCUUGGUGGCAUGUUUCUGGAGCGUGGUCGUGUGAAGAAGCCAGGCCAGGAGCUGUUUAAGAGCAAGCCGUCAAAGUACUUUAAACCUCAGGAUUUGUACGUCGGAGCGCCCCUCUGCCUCAACAAUAUCCACUUCCAACUUCUGGAUGCCGAUGAAUACACCUUAAACUACAUGGAGCAUCAUGCUGAGGAGUUCCCCAAAGCCAACGUGGGACACAUCCUCAGUAAACUACGGUCCAUUCGGGAGGAGAAACGGAGUGAGAUCAGGAAGUUUCUGGCGCUCAGUGACCCCAGCAACACUGGCUUCAUCCCCUAUGAGUCGUUCAGGGGCCUGCUGACAGGCCUGGACUGCGAUCUGUCGGAGCACGAGGUGCUGGUGCUGGGCCGGUGUUUCUCAGAGCGCGAGCAGCCUGAGGCGGACCUGGGCCUGAUGCUGGCUGUGGCCCAGGACUUCCUCAAGAAGAAGCGCUUUGACGAGCUCCCUGACAUGGCCAGAGUCUUCGCAUACCGCGACCGACAAAAGACCGGCCGUCUCUCCACCAAAGAGACAAGGACCAUCUGUAAGGCCUUCCAGAUUCCACUUCCUGAGAACCUGCUCGGAAGUCUGCUCAGCAAGUUUGCAGAUGGAGACGAGAUUGACUACCAUGCCUUCCUGGCUGGCAUUAACUGCCUAGAGCACCUUACUCCCCCAGUAAUGACUGAAGACGCCUUAAAGUUCGAGUUCAAUGUGAGGUUUGACGCCAGUGAGGCUGCAGUGAAAAAUGUCAACUAUUCUUCCCUUCUGAUGGACGUAUUCAGCGCUCCCUCCAGCAGCGACCCAACAACCACCACCUCAACAUAGACACAAGGUGGGAGGUGGAGCGAUUUUGCUUCACGAACACACACACUACUUGUUCCUCAAUUAAAGAGCGAGGUCUAUCAGCUAA